AUGGCUUUCCGACAGCGAGUCCUUCCGCUUCUCGGUGCCUCGGCCGUCGGUGUCGGUAUCGGCUACUAUGUCUUUGAUCCUCUGCUGCAGCAGUACCGCAAGGACACCAACGGCACCUACAUUGCCGGGCCUCCUGGUAGCAACUCGCUUCCCGACCUCAAGCCCCACGCUGGAGCCACUACCGAGCUUCACGAGCGUCCUCCUCUCGGCUCUUCUGCUGCUCGAGGCAUCUCUGGUCCUAUCGCGCGUCCAGGAGCCGACCUCAAGCACAACGAUCCCAACCAGCUUCCCGGCAGCGUACCUUACGGCACUGUCUCCAAAGAGAUUGACCAACUUCGUCGCAAUGUGAACGACAAGGUCGACUAUGCCGAGCACAGGCUCGAAGACGCCAAGCACGAUGUCGAGAACCGAUACCGCAACCUCAAGGGCGAGGUCAAGGAUACCUACCGCAACGUCAAGGGAAGUGCCGAGGACGCCGUCGACAGCGCUGCCCGCAAGGCCGAGCACGCCAAGCAAGACGUGAAAUCCGGCUGGUUCUCCGCCAAGGACACCGUUGACCAGAAGGCAAAGGAAGCCGAGGCCGAGGCAAAGAAGGGCUGGUUCACAGCCAAGAACAAGGCCGAAGAGGCCGGAGAGCAGGUCAAGUCCACUGCAUACUCGGCCAAGGACGCUGCCCAGCAGAAGGCGGAUGAAGCGGCUCACCAGGCCAAGAAGGGCUGGUUCGCCACCAAGGACAAAGCCGAGGAGGUUGGAGACUCGGCCAGGAACACCUUCUACUCUACUAAGUCUGCCGCCGAGCAAAAGGCGCACGAAGCUGAAGCCGAGGCCAAGCGUGGCUGGUUCACCGCCAAGGACAAGGCCGCCGAGGCCGGUGAGCAGGCCAAAUCGUCCUGGUACUCGGGCAAGUCGGCAGCGGAACAGAAGGCGAACGAGGCUGCUGACCACGUCAAGCAGGGAUGGUUCUCUGCAAAGGACAAGGCCGCUGAAGCAGAGCACCAGGCCAAGUCCAGCUGGUUCUCCACUAAAUCCGCCGCCGAGCAGAAAGCUGACGAGGCUGCUCAGCAGGCCAAGUCUGGAUGGUUCUCGACCAAGUCAGCUGCCGAGCAGAAAGCUGACGAGGCUGCCCACAACGCAAAGCAGGGCUGGUUCGCGACCAAGGACAAGGCUGCCGAGGCUAGCGAGCAGGCCAAGAGCUCGUGGUUCUCGGGCAAGUCGGCGGCCGAGCAGAAGGCCGAGGAUGCUGCCGACAGCGCAAAGAAGGGCUGGUUCUCGGCCAAGGACAAGGCCGAUGACAAGUACGAGCACGCCAAGGACGAGGCCCAGAAGGGCUGGUUCAACCUCAAGGGCAAGGCCGAGGAUGCGGCCGAUGAGGCACGCAGCUCGACCCAAAGCCACCGCGACCAGCUCGAGCACAACGCUCAGCAAAAGAUCCUCGCAGCCCAGUACAACGCCGAGGUUCGUGCCGGCGAAGCUCGUGGUCACCCUCUCCACGACAACCAGAUCAAGGGCGAAUACAAGGAUCUCAAGCAGACGGGCAAGGAGUGGAAGUCUGAACUCGACUCCAAGGCACACCAGGCCCGCAACCAGGCGGAGAGCGAGUACAAGCACCUCCGAGACCAGUCGCAGCAGGGCUACAAGAACCUCAAAGACGAAGCCAACUCGAGCUUCUACAGCCUCCGAGGCAAGGCUGACAGCGGAUACGAGUCGCUCCGAGCAAAGACUGCCGAGGGGCUUGACUACGCUGGUGAUAAGCUGCACGACGGUGCACGAAAGGUCGAGGGUGACCACAAGCCUCAGUCGACCGGUCUGUGGAACUGGAUCUUUGGUAACGGAAAGGCUACGGAGAAGGUAGCAUCGAACCUCGAGUAA